CGCGCUGCCAUACUGAAGCAGGUGUCCAACAUGGCGAACGCUGGCUGCGGCUCUCCCGCGACUAUUCUCUUUUUAUUCCUCUUUCAAGCGGCUCUUCAUAAAGGUGAGUGUCAGUCAACAGCGUGUGGAUUAUUCCAGUCAGCUGUGGACUCCCGCUGUCACUGUCUCCUAGCUUCCUCCGUGCGCAUCCUCGUGUGAUUCCGCCAUCAGGAGCUGCACAGAUCCCAGUGGUGAGUCAGAACCUGGUGACGGACAACAUAUCGGUGGUGGAGGGCGAGAUGGCCAUCAUCAGCUGUCGGGUGAAGAACAACGAUGACUCCGUGAUCCAGCUGCUCAACCCCAAUAGACAAACCAUCUACUUCAAAGACAUGCGGCCGCUGAAGGACGCUCGCUUUCAGCUGGUCAACUUCUCAGACAACGAGCUGCGGGUGUCGCUGUCAAACGUGUCGCUGACGGAUGAAGGUCGAUAUGUUUGCCAGCUCUACACGGACCCCCCACAGGAAGCCUACGCCGACAUCACCGUGCUCGUUCCUCCCGGCAACCCCAUAAUUGAGGCUCGGGAUGAGAUCCUGAGCGAGGGCAAUGAGACUGAGAUGACCUGCACCGCGAUGAGCAGCAAGCCUGCUGCCACCAUUAGAUGGAUGAAGGGAGAUAAGGAGCUCCCAGGGAAACCCAAAGUUGAGCUGACCUACGACAAAAUGUACACAGUCACCAGCCGACUGACGCUGACCGUCGGCAGGGAGGACGACGGCAUCCCCAUCAUCUGCAUCGUGGACCACCCCGCAGUCAAAGACUUCCAAGCACAGAAGUACCUGGAGGUGCAAUACAAACCAGAGGUCAAGAUCAUGGUGGAGUUCCCACCAGGGCUGACCAGAGAGGGAGAGAACCUGGAGCUCACGUGUCAUGCCAAAGGCAAACCGCAGCCACAGUACGUGAACUGGGUGAAGGUGGACGACGACGUUCCAUCCCACGCCGUCAUCACCGGAAAGGAUCUUUACAUCGAGAACUUGAACAAGUCGUACAAUGGAACUUACCGCUGCGUCGCCUCCAACUCGGUGGGCGAGUCUUUUGACGACUACAUCCUCUACGUCUAUGAUGCUCCCACCACCACCCCCAUACCCACCACUGCCACCACUACCACUACUACCAUCAUCACCACCAUCUCCUACCCCGAUGCCAGUCAAGACACUUCGCCCAGCACUGAACCCGCAGCUCAUGACUCUCGAGCUGGGGAGGGGGCGCCCAGAACGGUGGACCACGCCGUGAUCGGAGGAGUGGUGGCUGUGGUGGUCUUCGCCAUGCUCUGCCUACUCAUCGUCCUGGGACGCUACUUUGCAAGACACAAAGGUACCUACUUCACACACGAAGCCAAAGGAGCGGACGACGCGGCGGACGCUGACACGGCCAUCAUCAACGCCGAGGGCGGCCACAGCAACUCGGACGAGAAGAAAGAGUACUACAUCUAAUCCACCCUGAAGACUCCGCCGUCCUCUUUGGGGGCGCGGGGUGUACGUCUGGGGCGGGGGAAGAAGGGAGGAUUGAAAGAGUGAAAGUAGAAGGUCCCAGGAGGGGGGUUUUCCAGACAGCCUGAUUUUAAACAGUCGUUUAGUCUAGUCUGCAGAUUUAGGUGGAAUGUUUUGUGUGUAAAAAGACAAAAAAAGGACAAAAAGUGGGCGGGUUUUC